UCAAACAGCAGCGAUCUUCUUGACAGAUGACAGCCGUGACAAUGUACCUACACGUGUAAACAUGAACACAAACGCAGGCCAAUACGUGUGACCACACACAAAGGCACAGGAGACAACAUUUAACGCCGCCAUAUUGAUGCUAUGCUGCUGCCAUUCUCCUUCGUUAGGUGGAUUGAGUAGGUUGGGACGGCUGAUACCCUUCCACUCGGCUGGUCAAUAGUUGUUGUUCCCUCUUCUCCACAAUAUAAAAGCCAUCGAUAUAUUUUUCUCAAGUAUUUAAGACAUUUGUCGAUAUUUUUCAAGUCAUUUUUCAAUCACCUGGUUAAUACUUGAGACACCAACGACAUUUUGCGCAUGUCUUUUUAUUUUUUAUGCAUAUGUGAAAAAAAAUCCAUCGAGUGGUGAGUCUGAUGAAGAUACUCUGCAGAGCUUGGUUCAUCCAGGGGGAUUUCUUGACAAAUAAACUGAGAAUAAUAUCGGGGUGAUUUUUAAAUGGAGAUUUGAGCUGACGAUCAGAACCAUCAAGAAGAAAAUCAGUUUUUGUGGAGUGCGGUACUAGCUGUCAACAUGGCGGCCGCAUCGGAGAGUCGAUAGUCCCCGUUGCCCGUUGUGACGCCUCUCAAUAAUUUCAUGUAUUCUGUGACCUGAAGCCUCCAAACGAAGACGCAAAGCCAGAGGUAAACAAGUGAAAAGAAUAAAUAAAGAAUAAACAAAUACCCAUCGAGGAACGUGGGCUGAUUAAUCUGCAAAAAAAAAAAUAAAUCGAGAGUUCAAGGGCAGAGAAUAUCGAACGUAAGUCACUGAAAUUGAAAUACAAAAUAAAAGACUUAUUAAUGGCAUCGUCGACGAUGGCAGUGCCAACGGGCACAGCUCAGGUCGGGAAAGUUGCAGUAACGACGAUUCAGAGUGUUCAAGUGAUGGAGGAUAUUAAUCCAACAAACGACGAGACAGAUAAUAUUCAGAGUGACUCGCUGGCCGAUUGGAACAUGACGAAUGGUCUUGGUAAUGGUGCAAUAGGUCCGAAUUCAUCGAUUGACGAUGAUAAACACGAUAGUGAUGAUCAAGAAGGUGAUGCUGAUCAUGAUAAUGACGAGGAUAAUGAACCACUGGAAAAAAUGUCAGGCGAUAAUUCUGGCAACAACGAUGAGUACUGUUUCUUGUGUGAAAAGAAAUUGUCAUCACCACGUUUGUUAAAUUGUCUUCAUGUUUUUUGUGAGAACUGUGUUAAUACACAGCUGAUUGACAACGACGGUGGCAAUGGUAUUGGUCCUUUCAUCAUUACAUGCCCAGUGUGUGAGCAGGAAACGAGGGUCGGUGCUAAGGGGGCAGCGAGUCUUGCUUGUGAUUAUGUGCUUACCAAUAUUCUUGAUAUGUCAGCUAUUGAAAAUAUGACUGUACUCUGCACAUCCUGCAAGGCCAAGGAGAAUGCUGUUGCACGUUGCUCUGAUUGUGCCAAUUUUUUGUGUCCAAAUUGCAAUACGGCCCAUCAGUUUAUGCGAUGCUUCGAGAGCCAUAAAGUCAUUGCUUUUGAUGAUCUCAAAAGAAAUAGUGAGACUGUACCAAUUCAUAAGCCUAUAUUCUGUCAAUUUCAUCCCUCUGAAAACAUGAAGUUCUACUGCUACACAUGUCAGGAACCCAUAUGCAACGAGUGUCUUGUGGUUCAGCACAAAGCUCCAGAUCAUCAAUAUGAGAGGCUAAACGACGCAGAAUCUCGCGAAAAAGAAGAACUAGUCAAUCUCAUGUCAGAAAGUAAGUCGAAGAUGGGAGAGUGCAAGCGGGCAUCGAGUCAACUAGAAAAUGCCCUCAGUGAGCUUCAAUCCCAACACGAUCAGGCAAAAGACCUCAUCACUGAGACCGUUCAAAGCUACAAAGCAAUACUUGAAAAAUGCCGAGACAAUGCACUGAGCGAAUUGGAAAAACUUCACUCUGAGCGUGAACUUCAAGUAAUGGAUACCUUCCACAAUGUUGAAAAAGCGGUUGAACAAAUUGAAACCGCCAAUCGUUUUACCUCGAGACUCCUCGAGCACGGCGAUACAACAGAAAUUCUAGCAUUGAAACGCAUCGUUGCCAAGCAACUCAUCAAUUUGAUAAACAACACACCGAAAUUGAAUGUUAAAUUCUCUAUUGAGUUUCAGACUGAUGAUGAACACUUUGAGAAAGUAAUGCUAGAGUCGUUUGGAAGGUUCAAAACAGAAAGUACUCAGGCAUUUAAACCAGUGGAUAUUUCAUCCGAUGUCAUGUCAGCGAUGAAUUCAAUGUGCGAUAAUGGACAGGGGUCAGUUCACAGCAAUCAAAAUCAUCAGAAUCAACAGAUGUCAGUGGUGAUGCCAUGUCCAAGCUCGAUAAGUACCAAUUCCCCAAUUUCCCUUCCUGGAUCAAUGCAAUCAUCCUUCGAGGGUGAUACUUCCUAUAUUAUCCCACCGAGUACACCAAAUCCUCAGGAUGUAUCACCACCACCACCCCCACCACCACCACCAGUCACAUCAGCUGGUCCACCAUCAGUAUCUCUUCCCCCAGGUCCUCCAAUGCAUGGUUUCACCAGCAUACAGGAGUACAAUCUUCAGCAAUUAGCCAGUCUCGCUGAGAAAGUUGAGCUCAAUGAAACGAGCACAAAUCCAAGUCCAACUCCGUCCUUUACACUUGCCGAUUUAUUGUCUGGUGAUUUGAGUUCAACGAGUCAUGCCAUUAAUAAUUUACAAGCACUUGCCAAACUUGGAAAUACACUUGGCAAUCAGGAUAUGGGAAAUUCAACGAUUAAUGGUAGUGGAGCAAUGGUUUUGGCACGUGUACCAUCACCUGGAAUGAAUGAUGGACAGAAUAUGGCAGGUUUGUCUGCUAAUACUCUGCUGAAUGGUGGAUAUCAAUCGUUGUCAAACUCAACAUCACCAAUAUUGUCGCCGGGAGAUGAUCGUAAAGGUGAUAUGCACAGUAUGAUGGCUGCAAGGAAUAAUGGUGUGCCAACGAGUGGCAACUAUAAUCAUCCACGCUCAACUAAUAAUACCAAACAGACACCAAUGCAAAUUAGGUCCAAGUUUGGACAACUUGGACCCAGUAAGGGACAGUUUAAUUCACCACAUGGCUUUUGCCUUGGAACGGAUGAGGACAUUAUCGUUGCUGAUACUAAUAAUCACAGAAUUCAGAUCUUCGAUAAAACUGGACAGUUCAAAUCACAGUUUGGAAUCCCUGGAAAGGAGGAAGGCCAACUCUGGUACCCAAGAAAAGUAGCUGUCAUGAGGAACUGCGGAAAAUUUGUGGUUUGUGAUCGCGGAAGUGAGCGUUCGAGGAUGCAGAUAUUCACCAAGAAUGGACAUUUUAUAAAGAAAAUAGCAAUUCGUUACAUCGACAUUGUGGCAGGUCUGGCUGUCACUAGUCAAGGACACAUUGUCGCAGUUGACAGCGUGUCACCAACUGUGUUCGUUAUUAACGAUACUGGCAAUCUUCUCAACUGGUUUGACUGCAGCGAUUACAUGAGAGAGCCAAGUGAUAUUGCUAUUAGUGGCAAGGAAUUUUUCGUUUGUGACUUCAAAGGACAUUGCGUUGUUGUGUUCAACGAGGAGGGCCGUUUCCUACGUCGCAUUGGCUGUGAGAAUAUAACAAAUUUCCCAAAUGGGAUUGACAUUAGCGACGCUGGAGACGUCUUGAUUGGUGAUUCCCAUGGCAAUCGUUUUCACGUUGCUGUUUUUGCAAGGGAUGGCUCCCUUAUCUCCGAGUUUGAAUGUCCUUAUGUGAAGGUGUCACGAUGCUGCGGCCUUAAAAUCACUUCGGAAGGUUACAUUGUGACGUUGGCCAAAAACAAUCACUAUGUCCUGGUACUCAACACACUGUACAUAUUGUGAAGUGGGACAAGACCAACAAUAACGUCGCAACUUACUUCUUUAUAUGGUCAUCUUAUUGGAGGCCAACUCCGUUCGCAACGAAAGGUAAACCAAACAACCGCAAUUAAUCUUAUGAAAACUCCAAAAACUUCGCCAGUUUUGGCCUAUCGAAGCAAUAGCACACAAUUAAAGUGAAGAGCGACAAAGUGCGGCAAAUCAUCAUUGAAACAAUAAACAAAUAAUACACGUUCUUGAUUUUAUGGAGUCUAUGAAUCAACACUUGAAGAGGAUUAGCUCGAAAAAGUAACCAAGAAUUGUAGAGAUAAAAAAAAAAAACUAAGACGCAAGGGUUCUUACAUCUCCGACCAACGUUGCAGCAUAAUAAUUAUCUUAAUUAGUGAAAAUUGCAUUUGGUAAACUGCCAAAAGGUUGAUAAGCAAUUUGUCGAGUGUACCGUGGGAGAAACUGGGAUAUUAUAUAUUGGCACUGCGCGCUGAUCGAUUGACGGUGUAUGUAGCUAUUUAUUUAACAGAAAAAAUUUGAAAGUUAAAUAAUUCCGGAGAAAUUUAUGAGGAGUAUAAAAACAUUUGAACAGUUUAAAACAAUGGCCUUCCGUCAAAAUUGGUCGUUGCACGUCAUUUUUGACAUGUCAGUAUUUUAAAUAAUUGAUUAUAAAUCAAAGUAAUCUAGUCUCAUUCGAGCACGAUUUUUCAUGCCCCCUUUUACCCCUUUGUCUGUUAAGAAUGAAAGCGAUUUGAAAUGGGAACUCGUGACAAUCUCAAGGACGAGUUUCGUAUUAAUUUUUGUUGCUCAAAUAUUUACCUCCAAUAUCCAAUAUUAUCGAUCGAUAAUCUUUAAGGGAUUGAUGGAAUUAAGUAAUUGAGGGUGAUUUUAUUUCAAUUAACCAAGUAUUUUAUUCAGUCUAGUAAAUUGAACUUUUGAAAGUUAAAAUUUUGAGCUAUUAAUUAUUUAACUUUUUUCGCCACUGAAAUAAUUAUUUAUUCCAUUAUACUAGAGUUCAAAAUAUUCUACGUCAUGUUAAGUCAUCAACGAUUACCAAAAAACUAGUUUCGCUACGUAUUAAAAAUAGGCCCUCAAUUGAAUAAAAAACAUAUUAACAAAUUUGAUUUGUGCAUUGAGAUAUUUGAUGACAAGAAAACCAAAAUCGUCACAAUAUUUACUCAGGAUGCUUUAAAUACGGUUCAUUAAAAAUAUGAUUAAAAAACCGUUUGAUUAUUAUUAUAUCACUAAAAAACGCAAUGCGUAUACCAGUCAUUAAUUUUUCUUGGUGCUAGACGAAUGACGAUCUGUUUAUAAUUCUCAUUUGAGGAAUUUUCAUUUGGGAAUUUGUCAGUUGAUAAUUUACAUUACGUACUAUUUCUACGUCUGUAUCUGUAUCAUAGAAACAGUAUCUUAUCUACAUUUAAGCUUGGAACAAGAAAAAAGGAAAAAUAACGUGCUGUUUGGUAAACAUCUUCUAUUUAUGAUGUCCUUCACCAAUUAUCGAUCAACGAUCCAAAGUGGAACUGAUUGUUUGGAUUGGUAUAUUGUUCUUCGAGGGAGUAAAGUAUUUUCUCACCCAUAUCAGUUUAUACCCAGAGCCGGGGGCGAGGGUUAUAAUCAUACGAAUUAGAAAAUAUUUUACGCCCGUCUGAAGCACAAUAUUUUAUUCCUUGAGGGAGUGAAAAGGGCGGUGCUAACUUCGCUUAAAAAUAAUUUUACUACUUCUUGACGACCUUUUAGUCAGCUCGUCCAGUUUUCCAGAAGUAAUGAUAGCUAUUUUUCUUCGAAGAAAUUUCAUUAAUUAAAAAAACAGAAACUUUGGAAACUGUUAAAUAAAAAGUAUGUGGGUAUUCUGGCGCCAUUUCAUAAGGAUCGAAAGGGUUUUUUAGCUCGAAUGUCUCUAUUUUUCUACCUGACACCCCAGCUUAUUAGUUUUUUUCAUUUUUUUAUGUGAAAAUACGAGUUUCUGAUAAUAAAUCAUCAAAAUUUCACGGUGCGUUAAGCAUCAGAGUACGAACAAUUAAAUUUCAAAGUUCAAAAAUUGAAAAGAAAUGAAUUCUAACAAAAUAUUGUACUAAUUCGAUAGUCACAGACUUAUUAAUCUAUAAUAAAAACUACAGUCGAAAUUUGAACAAGAAGAUGUCCUACAAUUUCAAAAAAAUUGAAAAUUCAUAAAAAUUCAAUUUUAUAAUUGAUUCUUCGUAUUUUAAUGGUCAGCACAACUUCAACUUUUUGCCAGAAACUCUUAUUAUCAGAUAAAUCAGUAAAAUCCGUUAAUUCGGUAAAUCUGAGGUAGAAAAGCGCCGUAAUUGCAUGGAACCAACACUUUGAAUCCUUGUAAUAUUGUGUCGCUCUACCCGAUUAUUGUUUUACAAAAACUUUCAUCGUUUUCCUUGACAAACUUCUCCCCACUCUUUAAAUAAAAAGUUAAUUAAAAAAAGAGAAAACCCCUGAAAAUUAAUGUUUCUCGUACAUUAGAUGAGACAAACAGCUAAAAAUGUCAAAAAAGAGUGAUUGGCAAUGAAAAAUGAUUAAUUUCCGAGUCAAAUAAAACAUGACACGUUGAAUUGUUGAUCGAUAAUCGAUGGAGUCUGCCAUAUGCAUGUAUUUGUCGUGACAAGUUGAAAGGAGCAUAAAAGGUGUCUAGACAUGACAUUUGGCUUCCAUUCACUCUACACCGGCAAUAUACAGAAAAUAAUCGACCCUUUAUCAUAAAUUUAACAAAAAACGAAUAGAUGAGAAGACGGGAAGAAAACCAUUCAUAUAUACAAAUGAAAUAUUUUUAGGGUUGUUUACAUGACCAGCCUUAAUUGGAUUGAGAGAUCAGUAAUUAAUGAAAAUGGGAAAAAUGGCAAAAUAUACCACGUUAGCAAGGCGUUAUCGUAUUUUUGACGGUUCGCUGUGCUGUGUUAUCUAUUUACCAUGUAUAUAUACAUAAUAUUAAGGCGAGACGAGUAUUAUUUUUCAUUCUAAUUUUUGCAAAUUACCAAUAUCCUAGGUAGACGCAUACAUUGUAUUUACACUGAAAAAUGGCUUCAAAAAAAUCUUACCAACGUUACAAAGAGAAAUGAAACAUCUUAUCUGAAAUAAUUUCAACGAUAAGAACAUAAGAAAGUACUAGGCAGUGAGUUACAACAGACGUAUGAAACGAUUGUUUGAAAUUAAUUUAAUAUCAUUCGAUAAAAUACAGCCUACGGUUUUACCAUCUCUAAUCUAUUGAUUAAUCGUAUAAAUGUGGUAAUUAUUUCAAUUUUAAUUUUAUAUAUACAUAUUAUACAUCUGUAGAUAAAUUGCGGAUGUGUGUCAAAAAUUGAUAAAACAUGAAAAAAAAUAUAAACAAAAUAAAUAAAUAAAAAAAAUACAAAAAUGUAUAAACUUCGGAAAAUAUUGAAUAGUCAUGGUUUAGCAGAGUUAUAUUAAAGAAUAAUGCCUGUGAUAAUAGUAUCGUCAGGAUAAGUUGUGUCCUUAAAGAGUCUCUGAUGUUGUUACUAGAUAAAUACUAAAGAAAAAAAAUGAAUAAAAAGGAGCGAAAAGGAUUAGAAAUAACUGACACAAAUUAAAAUACCGUACUGCGUUGGGGUUGCCUCGCUGUAGAUAAAUAAAAAUAAAAAAAAGCAAGAAUUGAUGCAAAAAAAUGACGGAAAAAAAAAAUCAUUAUUAAAUUUCAAAUCAUAUAAAAUAGUGUGUUCAUUGUCCGAUUUGCACAACGAUACCAGCGCACGCAGUUGCCCAUUCACGUUCUCCGACGGUACACUUGAUUAAUAAAGAUGAGUUUGAGAUGAAUUUGAUGAUUAAUAAAAAGUUAAUAAAUUACAGGUAGAGAACAUUGAACAAAAUUUUAAAAAAUAUAACGUAAAUUAGAAAACUUAAUUGAAGAAUUGUACGUGGAUUCGCAGUGAGUUUAAGAGGAAAAGGGGGUGACUAUGUUUUUUGAGAUGAAAAAAGAUGGUAAAUUUUGUUCGGCCACUUUCGGAACCGAAUUUAUGACAAAAGGGGCAAGGAGGGGGCGGUGGGGGGGGGAGGGCAAGGGGCUGAAGGGUUCAUGCAUAAUUUUUAAAACGACGCAAUGACCAUUAAUGCGCGAGGGUCUUUUACCUCACAAAAUUGAAAAAAAAAAAUAAUAAUGAUUAUACUACGCUCACCUUAUAUAUACUUGAAUAUUUUAGUAUAGAUUUACUCUAUUUACAUAUUUUUAUCUGUGGAAGACUACUUGGCUAAUUUAGGCCACUGUUGAAAUUCACCCCUUAUUUGCCUUGAUGUUUGAAUUACAACAAUAAUAUUUAAAGGGAGUAAAAUUAAAAAAAAAAAAAGUGAAGAUAAAAAAAAGUAAAAAUGAUUAAUAAGAUGCGAAUUACUUGUUACGUAAAUGAUAAUUGUGAUAGAUUUUUUGAUGAUUUUUACAAUCUCAAAAGUCUUAUUAUCCUGAUAUGUAUAGAAUUAUAUAGUCACUCUCUACAUAAUAGAUACACUCUGCUUACUGUUAAACUAAUAUUUAAUGAAAGAAGAAAAAAGAUUAAAGAGAUGAAGAGAAUGGUGUUGAUAGACUUACCAAUUCAAUGAAAUGAGAUGAAAAAAAAAAAAGCUGAAAAGAAAACAUAUAUUUAAAAAUCAAUUUACAAUGUCGAAUCAGCUAAGCUAUUAUCAAUGUAAAAUCCAGUAUCAUAAUCUGAGCUUAGAACAGGAUCAAAUAAUUGCUUGGAAAACUUGUAAUACGAUUUUAUUGAAAUUUGUCAUUGGUUUGAAUGAACAACUUCCAUUGUCCGCCGUAGCUGUAUUAAAAAUUACGUAUUAUAAACAACUUAUAAAAAAAUAUUAAAAAAAAAGUGGACAAAAGAAUAGGCGAAUACCCGUACAAACCUAUUUUUCGCAGUCUUGCAUAUGUAUAGUAUCACUUAACACAUUUUUUCGGCAAAGAAGAAAGAGGAAUUUCAAUCAACAUAUGAAAUUUUAAGAAAACUAUUUUGAACUAUUUGAUUUUUCCGUAAUUUUCACGACUUAUUGUCGCAUUUAUUUUUCACUCAUUUUGUUUAUUCGUCGGAGAAGUAUGAGUUGACUAUUUAAUAGCGAGGACAUUAAUUCACAACACGUUUAGAUGAGACAAAGGAUAUGUUAUAUACUGUACGAGUGUAUCAAUUGCUAGAACCAAGGACAAAAAAUUGGGAAGAAAACCAAAUAUGAGACAUUGAAAACUUGUAGCCUACGGUUAAUCAUAGUCUUCCUAGCGUCUUUGAAUAAUAUUUUUAAAAAAAUGCGCUAUGAAAUUUUAGGAGCAUGGCCAAUUACUACUGAGCAACCACUCAAUUUUUUAACAGUGAAGUGGUGUGAAUGCAUCGACACAUUAUCACAAAAUGUUUCAUUUUUUUUUGUUUGUCAUUAUGAUUUUCUUUUUUUUUUCAAUCAUCAUUGAUCAGCUAUAAUGUGUACAUGCAUUCAAGUUGUUCCUUUCUCUUUGGAAAAAAAAUGUUUAUAUUUAAUUUCAUAGAUGUUUCUUCAACUCAUGCAUUAAAUUACCAUUUCAUUAGAAGUUGUGCAUUUAUGCACUAUGUGUUCCAAUGGCCGUUUCCUUUUUUUUUUUUGUUCUUUUCAGUGUUAUAUUUUUAGUUUUUUCAGUUGUCAGAGACACUUGUCCCUCGUUUUUGAAUUAAAUUUAUUUAUUUCACAUGUUGAAAGGUUUGUUUGAUAGAAAUUACUCAGAAUGGAGAGGGUGAAUUUGGCUAGUUCACGAAGUACCAAAAACUGUUUCGUUUGUAUUUUAGCAACGGCAUAAUAAGAAUUAAGGAUUGAUUAUUCAAGUACAUCAACCAAUUUCCUCAUCAAAUACUCGAUAAAAUGGUGUUUUGUUUUGCCUUUGUGUUUCUUUUCUUCAUCAGUCUGAUAAAAUAAUUAAAAUUGGGUUAUCUAAGACUUUUGCGAUUACUAGAUAUGAAGAUCCGACUUUAGCGUGGUUUGCAUUCCAAUAUUUAAUUGAUAUAUUUUAAUACAUCUAACUACAAAGUGUCCAUUACUUGUCACCUAUGAAAAAUGUUUAGGAUGGAAAAAUAGUCACAGUGAAGUCCUUUUUCUGGUAGACAUUGAUCUUUUUUUUUCACUUUAUUUCGUUAUGUACGUCACCCUGACUGGUAUACGUUUGUAUAAGUUUAGAUUAUAAAGAAGCAGCUUAAGCGUCAUUUGUUUUUUUUUUCUCCAUACGCUUUGUAUUUGUACAAUAUUAAAUUCUUUAGUGCCAAAUGAGAAAAAAAAAAGUUAAUGAUAACAAUUUUUACGAAUUAGUCAUACUAGGACAUCUGUUUAUUUUGUGUUUGUUCGUUUUUAUCAUUUUUUAAAAUUGUUUAUCGAGUUCAUAUUUUGUGCCGUGUAACGUGUCCAAGUUAUUUUUAGAAUUUAAGAAUCUCUAAUGUAAGUAAAAACUGAGGAGAGGAAGAAGAGAAAAAUGAAAAAAAAAAAUAACAUUCUUCAUUAGUCAGUUAAAGUACAAAUGUUUAAUGUAUUGUACCGUUAGUUGAUAAGCAAUGGGAAAGUGUCGUCGUAGAAAAAUGAAAAAAAAAAAAAAAAAGUGGAAAUAAUUAUUUCUGCUCUAAUUCCAUUCCUCAACACAACAAAUUUACGAAAGGCUUUAUUGUAUUUUUUUGGCGUUAGUCAAUUGUUAUGUAAUACUUAACCGGCUGCGUGACAAAUUAUAUCAGAAGGUUAUCAUUUUUUUUUAUGUUCAAUUUGUUUUUUUUUCUCUGUCGUUUUUUUUUUUACUAUUUUUUAAUUUUUACUAGCUUUAAGAUUUUUUUUUUCCAUUUUGAAAAACGUUCAUAGUUUCCUUUGUGUUUGGGAGGCACUUUGAUUAUUUACAUAUCAAAAUGACCACCACACAUAUGUAUACAUAUAAUUAUACACUUUAUACAGUGGCAUUCCAUUCGGUGUGUGCUUCUCAUGUUCAGGGUCAUCAAAUUGAAGAAAAAAAAAAUCACAAUACGUAUAAUAUAAAUAUUUCAUAACAAAAAAUAUUCCCAUGAUCUCGGCAAUUUAUAUUUUAUUGACACCAAAAAGAUUGAUGGAUAAACAAUGUUUUUUGCAAUUAAACAAAUAUUUAGAGUGAGUUUUUUGAUUCGAUUAAAGAUUUGUAUUUGGAAAAAAAAAAUUAUAUGAAACAAACAAAAUAAUAAAUUGUGAAUUAAUAAAAAAACUAUCCUGUAAGUGCUUUAAUACAUUAAUCAAUCACAUCUAUGCAGACUUUCAAUUUUCUCAAAGCUCUGAAGGAUAUGUCCUUUUCCAUUCAUUGUAAUGAAUGUUUACUUUGUAAAAUGAGUUAAUAGUUUGCUGGAUGAGAAAAUGUGAUGGAAUAUCAGUGGCAUGGUUUACCUUUUUUCUUUCUUACGAAUAAAUAAUAAUUGUUUAAAUUAUUAUUUUCUGUUGGAAGGAGUUUUUUGAACGAAUAAAUGAGAGUUCACUUGUACUCUCUGAUGAGAAUAGUACAACAGAUGAAUGGUAACAGGUGUAAUUGCAUUAUGGAAGAGUGUAUACUAAUAUAUUUUUUAUAAAUAAUUGAAAAAUUGAGAGCGGUAUGGCCAUCGAUUUAACGAUUCAACUCACCAUUGGUAAUCAAGAAAUCCUAAAGUAAUCAAUAACUUGUUAUUGACAAUAGACGAUGGGUCUGCUGUUUACAAACAUCCAGCUUUCUCAAAUUAUGCGACUAAAAUAACUUGCUCCUUAUUCGUAACAGACGAAAAAUUCAAUUAUCCUUCGCAGUUCAUUCUCAUUUUAUCAGCAAUUUAUCCUCCCAAUUAUUUCCAUUAGAUCAUUGUCGUUAUAGUUUGACUCUUUCCAAAGGUUUACAAAGCUAGUCCAUCGAAAUGCAUGUGAAAACAGGGGAGGCGGCGGGGUGUCUUGUAUUGCCUUUUUUACUUCAUAAUUAUUACGAAUAGUUCAUUAAUCAUUAAUUGAUGAUUUUUUUUUUGUCUACCUUGUACCUACAAAUAUUUUUUUGUUUUUCUCCGUUUAUUUUUCAUUUUAUACUUCGUAAGAGGAAGCAAAACAUAUAUUGUACUAUACGUUUACACAUCUAUAUACACUUUUACAAAAGGGAGAAAAGGCAGAAAAAAAGGAGCAUAAGAAAUAUUUUAAUCUACAAUACUGUAUUAUGUAUACUGAAUGAGUAUGUGAAUUAAAAUAAAAGAUGUGCAAAAUUUGCUACUUAUAUAUCUAUCGAUUGUAUCCUAAUUGAAAAUAUUUUAUUAUAGGAUUGGAAUAAAUAUUAAGAAGUAAAAAUUGUAAGACAUCAAUUUUGCUUGCUACGGAGAGAGAGAGAGAGAGAUAGUGUUUUGAGGAGUAGAAGGAACGAAACUGUGAAUGUUGUUUAUUGGCCGUGUAAACCAUUGGUAUUGUGGUGAACCAUAUCAAAUUGAAUUUUUGCCAUCAGUCGCGUCAAUUCGUAUAAUAACCCCCCAUCCUAUAUUAAGAUAUUAUCAAGCGAAGAGAAAAAAAAAAUACAAAAUAUAUAUAUACCUAUAUCUACAUUAUACACUUAUUAAUAAUAGAUGAAAAUUGAAAAGCUGAUAUACCAUUAUACACUCUUGUGUGCGCAUAGCUGCAAUGCAAUAAAUACAUGAAUAUUCAUUAUUCAAAUAACGUAUAAUUUCAAUAAAUAUACACAUGAUAUUGUGAUGCUCACAAAAGCACAGAACACAAUUUAUUGAAAUUGUAAAAAAAAAACGAAAAAAGGUAAAAAAAGUUAUUGAAGAAAAAAAAAACAUUUCAUGUGAUUUUGGAAAGUUAUAUUUCUUAUUUCCUGCCAAUUGUUUAAUUUGUAACGUUGUUCUUUGUUCUUUUACAAUAAAUUAAAAAUUAAAAUUGAGAA